AUGCGAGGGCGGCGUCGAGGCGUUCACUGGAAACCGGCUACAAUGAUACCGACAACGUCUCUGGUUUGUGAUCUUCUACCAGCCCACCCUAUCUGGACUAGUACACUGGACAUUUUCCUACCAAUGAGACUCAGGACAAGCGUUUUCCCUUUGGCGUCGAUGGCGAGCCAACCGCAUGAUACGACGGGGGGCAAUGGAGACACGCUACCCCAAGGUCCUUUCCGCCAAGCAUCCAAGAGUUGGGUCAUGGUCCCAUGGCGGACAGGGCUGGGAGCCAUUCUAGGCAUCUUCAAAUGA